AUGCCUAGAGAGGACUUUGUGCAGGUCGGGAAGGGCCCCACCAACAACACCUACGUGGUCCGCACAGUCAGCGCAGGCCUGACACUGCUCAGUGUGUGGGAUGUGGAGCAACCAGGCCUCUCUGACUUCGUGCCCCUGCCGGUCCUCCAGGCCAUCUCCCCAGAGCUGUCAGUGGUCGUGGUGGGGGACAUCCUCCGUCCGGCCACUGUUUGGACCAGCCUGGAAGAGCUCUCGGGAACCUGGAGCUCCUCGGCCAGCAGCAUCCUCCACGUCGACCCCAAGACGGGCGUGGCCGUGGCCCAGGACGUGGGGUCCGUGACGGUGCACUAUGAGGUCGCUGGACACCUGAGGACCUACAAGGAGAUUGUGGUCGGCGUCCCUCAGAGGAUCAUGGCCCAGCACACCCAGCCCACCCAGCCCGGCUUCCAGGAGGCCGCAGCCUCCAAAGUGAUUGUUGCUGUGGGAGACAGAAGCUCUAAUCUGAGAGGCGAGUGCUCCCCCGCCCAGAGGGACGUCAUGGAGACCCUGCACCCAGAGUCCCUGGUCAGCUGCCAGCUGCAGUUCAAGCAUGCCAUCUUCAACUUCCCCGCACGUGACGUCUUUACCGUGGAGCCAGGAUUUGACACUGCUCUCAGCCAGUACUUCUGCCGGGUCAGGAUGCGCAGGCUGACAGACAAGCAGCUGAAGCCAGUGAGCCUGAAGACCACAGCCCUGGUGGUCACUGCCUCCCUUCCCGGCAGCCACUUCUCUGCAGAGCAGGUCGGGGCCGAGGUGCCGUUCAGCCCGGGUCUCUACGAUGAUCUGGCUGAAAUCCUUUUGAGCAACCGCUACCCCAGCUCCGACGUCAAGGUCUUUGGGGCUCCGGAGGUUCUGGAGAACUUAGAGGUGAAAUCCGGGUCGUCGGCUGUACUGGCUUUCACGAAGGAGAAGACUUGGGGGCCGCCUAGCUUCGUCACAUGCACAGUCAGCAUCUCGGACCCUGUGGCAGGCAGCCGGGGGCCUCUGUCCACUGCCCUGACCUUCUCCAGCCCCUCCACCGGCCACGCCGUCAGCAUCCCCGUGGCUGUGGCCUUGGUGAUGGGCCGCCGUAGGCCUGGUCCUUAUGGAGCCAGCCUCUUUCAGCACUUCCUGGACUCCUAUUGAGUCAUGUUCUUCAUGCUCUCUGUCCUGCUGGCUGGGAUGGCUGUCAUGGUCAUAGCCUACCACAUGGUCUGCGCACCCCGAGAGCUGGCCGUGCCUGCAGCCCUCACGCCCCGAGCCGGCCCUGGGCACAGCCCCCACUACUUUGCCGCCUCGUCACUGACGUCCCUCAACACAUCGCCUCCUGUUCGCAAAGCCAGUCCCCCCUCAGGGCUGUGGAGCCCGGCCUAUGCGUCCCAGAACCAGGACCUGGAGCCCUCAGCUGAACCUGUGUGGUUAGAUGCUGAGACCGCAUGCGCUUUUGCAGGCCUGCUCAGUGCGAGCAGGUGUUGGUCUCUGCAGUCUGGGCACCUCGCCUUAUCCCUGCCUGCCUGGCUGGCAGCUCCUCAGGGCCCUCCACCCCCACCUGCCUUCAGGCGUGGUCCUGACGGCGCCCUGCAGGACUGUGCCAUCAGUGUCCUCAUCACAGGGACCACUGACCUUGCGAGAGUCUGCAAGGACCAGGUGAGUGGGUUGAUGCGGGAUGCUGCACCCACACGGGCUGCUGUCCCCACCAUCGUCAGGAAAGACUGGCACAGGGCCCCGCCAGGAGCCCAGGUGGAAAGGGGCAUCAUCCGGAGUGACCAGAUGAAGAGGUGGAGGGACGGAGGUCUGACCCAUGGCUGGUGUUGGUGUGGGGGCCACGCCUGUGUCCAGUCACCCUUCAGGGCCCGUGGGGCGCCAGGAAGACGACUACCCCCGCUUCUCCUAGACAUAGUGGAGAGGGCUCAGCAUCUGCCCGACUGGCUUGUCUCUGACGCGAUGCCCGUCUGCUGGCACAGGAUUUCCCGGGUCUCCCUGGUCUCAGGCCUGCCAGGUACUCAGGCAGGGGCCUCUGGGGACAAAGGGCACAGGAAGGCGUGGAACGCAGGGCCGUCCCUUCCCACUUCCUCCUCUUCGGGGUCGGGACGUCAGCUGCUGCCGUGUAACCAGCUGCUCCCGGGUCUCAGCGUUAAGCCAGCUAACGUCAACUAUUUCUUGAGAUUCUGGUCUCAGCUGCGAGGGGCUCUGUCCGCGUCCCCCUCCAGGUGGCCUGGGGAAGCCAUCCUGGUCCCCUGGGAGCUGUUUCAUAGCAGUCCCCUCGGCACCCACCGGAGCAGCAGAAGCAAAACAAUCAAGUCCAGGGUCACAAACAUGGAUGCUGAUGGGCCAGGUAGAUCUGCUGUGCCGGGGACUGGGGGUGAAUGCUGGUGA